AUGGCGCCGUCAACAGCUCAUGACCGCCGCAGCAGCGAUGGCAUUGUGCUCUUUCUAUAUGCUGUCCUCGCUGCACUCGGCCUGUAUACCAUGCGCAUAGUGACCACCAUGAACGACGUACCCGUGGGCUUCAUGGAAAUGCUGCAGGCGCCCACCCUCCCUGACGGUACUCUUAUCAAAACAGUCUACACCGGUAUUGAGCCUCUCGAUCAAGGCUUGACUGCCAUGCAAAUUCACUUUCUCCUCCAAGUUGCCCCCAUCAUCGCCAUCAUGAAUGUCGAGGCCUGUCGAGUGCGGAAUCAGAGUAGCUGGCUGAAAUAUACUGCUUUCUGGGCCGCUAUCUACCAAAACAUCGGAGGCGCUACCAUCAUCACCAUCUGGUGGAUGCUUAUCCAUAACAUGUCCAGCCCCAAGUCUUACUACCAAAGCGGGCGCACUGUUCCCCUACCAUAUGCACGCGUCAUCCUACUCGGAACUAUACUCUUUUACAUCAUACCUACUUUGGCCAUAUGGCUCCCUACUAGCAAGAGCAUGGACGCCCUCCAGAAUAUCUUGGCAUUUUGGCAGUUUACUCCUCUCUUGGUCAACAUUCCCCUCUGGCUCGUCUAUCCCACUAGUUCCUUGACCGUCACCUCCAAGAACAAGAACAGCGACAUAUUCCACCUCCGCAUCCUGUACGUCUUCAUGUUCUUCUUCUCCAUAGCAGUCCACUGGUACACCAUCUACGGCAUCUCUGUCUCGCCACAUCCCGAUGUCACGUACGCCCGCGUCUUUGUGCCCAGUACAUACACCUGGAAGAAGGACGCAGCUUGGGGCUUGUUAUGGAUCUUCCAAUGCGAUUGGGUCGUCAUGACCGUCAUGUGUGUCAUACAUUCUUGUGUCACAGUGUGCGAUAUCCAGCGCGUGAAGAAGGGAGAGGCUUCGCUCGAAAACAUUUUUGAGAGUUUUUUGAUCAUCAUGACCAUCACCAUUGGAGGUGGCCCGCCUGCAGCACUGUCUGCGGUUUGGUAUUGGCGCGAGGGCCAUAUGGCAGCGAUUGAGAAUGCAUCCGCGGCGAAGAAGGGUCAGUAA